GAUUGGUUAAAAAAAUAUCGCCAGAUAAAUGUCAAAAUGAAAUGCCAAAAGGUGGAAAACGUAAACAAGUGUGAUAUUUUCAAGAAAUAUAAAAAAUAUUCAUCAAAUUGACAAUAACUUAGUGUAAACAUGGAUUCAGAUGAUAUAAUAAUGAAUUCGGACAUUUUUAAUGUCCAUGACAUCGCAGAUAUAGAAGAUUUCUUAAAUAACUGCGAUGCCGACUUCAUGAAGAAGCUCGAACAGGAUUUAGUGCUCGUGGAUAACGGAAAUGACAGUGGUUUUCUCAGUGUUGAUACAAAAUCCAAUCCUGAAAUUACAUCAUCCCCACAAGUAUCACCUAAUUACACAUGUCCUGGGAAUCCUCUAGUAUCCCAGUACACUCACAGAGCGAAACAGUCUUCACAGAACGUUUCCCGACCAAAAGUUGAUCCUGUGUUUGUUCCAUACACCAGACAAGUUAAGGAAGAAAAACCUUCAGCACCUGAUGUCUUUCAACCGGCAUAUCAAGUUCAGAAACAAUCUCCGAUGAUCGUGCAGCAAGUGGUACAGAGUCCGUUAUUUGUUAUGGGCCCAGGGAACAUACAAAAGGUUCCAGAGGCCAAACCGUCUUUGGUACAGUUAGAUGGUGUGACACAAAUAAAUCAAAUCAAUAAUAAAAAACAGCCAAAUCAGCAUGUUCUCAUACAAAACAACAAGAGUGUUCCAUUCAUAUUGAAGAGUUCUGACGCUAACUUCUCACCGGUGUUAUUGCAGUCUAAUGUUAUUAACCCUGAGACACAGACUUUGAUGUACACCAGCACUCCUGUACAAGGUACAACAUCAAGUAUCAUUACAAGCACAAAGUCAGAGACAGACAAUAGGCCAAUACACACCUUUUUCACUAGCAAUAAUGGCCAUACUCUUUUAACUGGUAUUCCAGCUGUGGUUCUUGAAGGCGAUAAAAUUGCCUUGAAUCCUGCACCGAACAUUGCUCCACCGAAAGUGAAAGAAGUUAAAAGAAGUGCUCACAAUGCCAUAGAGAGAAGAUACAGAACAAGUAUUAAUGAUAGAAUUAUUGAGUUGAAGAACAUGCUUGUAGGUGAGGAGGCAAAGUUGAACAAAUCUGCUAUAUUACGUAAAACAAUAGAAUAUAUUAAGUACCUGCAGAAUCAAAAUAGCAGAUUAAAACAAGAGAAUGUUGCUCUCAAGCUUGUGUGCCAAAAGUCUGGUGUAAAGGAGCCUGUGUUUGAAGGUCCUUACACACCACCACAUAGCGAUGUGUCUUCACCAUAUCAUUCACCAUUGUCAUUUGAUAGUGACACUCCAGCAUCACCAGAAUACAAGGUAGAAGAGAAAUACUCAAAAUUGUUACUGGGAAUGGGUGAUCACUCACGUUUGGCAUUGUGUGCAUUCAUGGUUGGUCUUAUAGCUUUUAACCCAUUCAGAACAUUCUUUGGUACCUUUAUGUCAGAUGUAACUGCUACAGAUUUCUCUAUGAGAGUAGAACAAAGGAAGAUAUUAUCUGAUGACUCAAUGGACACAGGUUACAGUGGAUAUACGUGGGCGAUGUGGCUAUUUCACAUGUUCUUCAUUUACAUGAUUAACUUUUUGGUGUUAGGCGGGUGUCUUGUUAAGUUGUUAGUCUAUGGAGAUUCUGUAAUGAAAUCACAAUCUAAAGGAGCCGAACUUUUUUAUAAACAUAAACGACAGGCAGAUAAUUACUUAAAAAAGGGUGAUCUAAUGAACGCCAGAGUAGAACUUCACAGAUCGUUAGCAACAUGUGGUAAGAGCGUCCAAGGGAGUAAUCCAGGGCAGGCUAAGUAUUCAGCAUUGAUAUCAGCUAUACUCAGACAAAUGCUCCAGAGACUCCCGUUUGGUUCGUUUCUUGCUCGACGUGCUGGCGACUUCUGGAGUGACAGCCCUACAAGACAUGCGACAAAACAUUGGGCCGCUGAGGUGUCGAGCGUUUCUCUUAAACUUGCGCAGUUGGAAAUAUUAUCGACUCAUAGCGGUCGCAGUGAGAGAGUACUUCUAGCAUUACAAGCGGUCAAUCUGGCGGAGGUGGCAGGCAACAGACAACUGCUUGCAGACACUUAUGUAACUGCAGCUUUGGUGUUCAAAGAUUAUGUACCAAAAAUUGGGAAUUGGUUGUGUGGACGCUACUUGCGGCUGUGCCGGUCGUGCAGUGCGGUGGAGUGCGCGCGGCGGCUGCGCUGGGCGGGGAGCGCGCGCGGGGCGUGGUUCCUGCGCGCGCGCCGCUGGUGCUACGAGCGCGCGCCGCCCGCCGCUACGCUCUUUGCGCGCCUGCCCGACCCCGUUGACCCGCUCGCUUAUGCCAUGCGGGCAUACCACUUGGAGCUACUUCAGAAGAGUCUGCAAAUGCUGCUCUGUGCGGACGAGCGAAGCAACACGCGCAAUGUACUCGAUCUGAUUAAACUCAUCACUGAUGACGUUUCUACUGAUGCUCCUCAUCACACCGGUUGUUGGGAUCCAGUAAUGGAAUGGUGGGCGAAUAUUGUCGGUGUUGCCGCCACUUGGUUGCUAGCUGACACUGGGAAGGCAAUAGAAAUUGGAGACAAACUUGAUAUGAUGCCAGAGCCACUUACCAACUGCGAGGAUCCCUUGCCUGGAGCACUGCAUAUGGCGUACAAAAGCCGACGCGGUCUGCUGAGUCUCGCUCAGUGUCGUGAUGAAGAGUCCACGGAGAGGGCGGCCGACACCAUACUCAAGGUGUGCGACAUUGCUGGAGCACGGCUAGCAGAUUCUUUGGCUUACUAUUGCUGCGGGAAACCAACACAGCUUGUGAUGUUGAUGCAAGUGCUGUGCUGCGACUGGGUGAUGGAGGUGCGCGCCGGCGCGUGGGAGGCCACGCGCGCGCGCCGCGCCCAGCCCGCGCCGCACGCGCAGCUCCGCGCCUUCCAGCGCGACCUGCACUCGCUGCGGCGCCUGUCGCAGACUCUGCCGUGGGUGACGUCUCGAGUGUUUCUACAGUCUGCGGUGUGCCGCAUGAUGGCGGGCGCGGCUCCGAGACGCACACAACAAUUACUGGAUGGUAGUCUACGGCCUAGAUUUAAUCGCACAUCCUUAAUUUGUGGCAAAGAGCGCGUGCUGGAAGGCGGCGGCGGCGAGGGCGAGCGCGCGGUGGCGCUGUACAUGGCGUGCAAGCACCUGCCCGCGGCGGUGCUCGCGGCGCCGGGCGAGCGCGCCGGCAUGCUGGCGCAAGCCGCUAUCACCCUGCAGAAGAUCGGACACAGGAGUCGCCUGCCCCACUGCUACCACCUCAUGAAGUCGUUUGGAACCCUACCCUCUGCCCCGUAGAAUUUAUAUUUUUUGUAUGUAACGAACGUAAUAUCGAAUAAAUUAGUUUUAUGAAUU